GACUCAGCGAGAGCCGCUGCUCAGAGGCUGCCUCUCACUGGAAGGAUGCAGACGGGGAAAGAAGAGAUUCCACUACAGUUAAUUGAGGAGCACUCUGCAUGUGCCUAUAUAUGCGAAGGGGCAAAUGAAUUCAGUGUCAGUGGGAGCAGAUCCUCAAGGGGAAGCAGUGAUAUUUCAAAGGUGGAAUUGAAAGAGCUGUGAAUCUAUUUUCUGACUCCGGCUUGACGGUCAUUUCUGAAUCACUGGACUGUUGCUAUCAAAGUGAGGAGCAGGGAGGCAGAGUCACUGGAGUUCCCUCCUCAAGCUAAAUUCAGAGUUAUUGGAUGGUAUCAUCAUGAGCAGCAUUAUGGAUGGAUUUAUGUCAUUCUGUUGAGAUAUUUAUACACUCUCUGUUGGGUUGCUCAGCAGAUGUGUCCUGUCAUGUCCUGGCUGCUUUGCCUGUGCCUCUGGCUCAGUGUGACUGCCAUUCAGCUGUGUCAGGCCACUUUCUACGACACCAUCCAAACGCACCAUGGGACGCGGCCUGGUCGAACCACAAUCCACAUGAUCGAGGGGGGCACGUGUGAAGUAGUGGCUGCUCACCGAUGCUGUAACAAGAAUCGUAUUGAGGAGCGGUCACAGACGGUCAAGUGUUCCUGUCUGCCGGGGAAGGUGGCGGGAACCACGAGGAACCGACCUUCAUGUGUCGACGCAUCCAUAGUAAUUGGCAAGUGGUGGUGUGAGAUGGAGCCUUGCCUGGAGGGGGAGGAAUGCAAGACGCUCCCUGACAACUCAGGCUGGAUGUGUUACGCCGGCAACAAGAUCAAAACCACAAGGAACACUCAGCCAUACACAACAUCAACAUAUUAACAGAUUGCAGAAAGGACUCGAGGGAACGCCUUCUGUGGAAAAGUUAAUCAGCAGCACUGUCACAGGACCAAUUAUCACAAAGACAAUGAACUUAUUGUUGCAUUAAGAACUGUGAACACUCCUCAGAUUUAAGUGUAAAAAGCUGUAGAAUACAUAAAGCACAUCCUGCUCAAGGCUUCUAAAAAUACUGACGCUUCGAGAUGCCCGCGGGGAACUUCAUCGUAACCUUGUAAUGAAUAUAUUUUCAUCAUUUCUUUCAAACUUUGAGAUGGAACGUGAAUGUCUGUGCAUUUGGAUUAAUAUCAGAAGAGCAUCUGACGCCCCUCCUCAGAUAUCAGUAAGACAGAUGUUCACUACGGAGCGCCAUAAUGGAGAGGAAUACAUCAAAGGACAUGGGACGAGCAAGAACAGUAGUCGACAGCCCUCAGGUUUUUCUUUUUUAUUGUAAAGGGGAAAAAUAUUGUACAUAUUUCUUUGUCCUUUUCUUGUCUACACGAACUUUAUGAUGGAAAACGAUCACUGAGAACCUGAAUGCAUUCUUGAUAUUCCCUCUUGUUACCCACAAAACCCAACACCACCCAAGUGUGAUGAGUAGAAGGGCGUGAUAGUGAGAUGAAACAGAGGCAUUGUGAGAACAUUUUACAAAUACAGCUUGUUUGUCUUGAUUCUGUACAGUUUAUCAUUUUGUUUGUAUGGUUCUUGUAUGCCUUUGAUCACCUCUUAAAUGGCUUUACUAGUCAAACCUGGUAACAUGUCAGCUACCCUGGAAAUGAUUGAUUCACCAAAAAUGUGAUACCAGUAGGUUGUUUUCGAUACUUGAAAUGCCUUAUUUGUGUCAAAUCAU